GUCAAGUCCAAUUAAGUGACUCGUGUCCAGGUUUCUGUCCAAUAGGCUUUCCCAUUAAAUACCAAUUUAAGGGGGAAAAAAUGCCGCCCCCUUUUCUCCGAGCCUUUAUCUCUUCCGACCAUCUCUAGCCGAAACCCUUUGGUACGAGAAGUGGAUCCGCACGCAUCUCCGCUCUGUCUGUCUAUCUGUCUCGCCGUUGCCACCUUCCGCACCCCUCCUCGGCUUCUUUGCCACUCCGGGAGGGGUGGGAGGAGGAACUACACUUUCUUUUUGUGCAUGUGAGCGUACCUUUUCCUGCGCCGCCGUUAUCUCUCGCAGCCGCUCCGAACCCGCGCCGAGAUUUUCGUUUAUUUUGUUUUGCUUUUCUUUUUCAGCGUUCGCAUAUUUUCCUUUAUCCUUACUCGAAAGAUGCAGGAGGAGUUAGGAAGCUCAGGGACGAAUGGGGGUUUCGUUUAUCCUUUUUUUUCCUCCCCUCGCCAGUUCUUGAAGGACUAGAAGAAAAACUAAACCAAACAUUCAUUUUCCGACGGCGUCUCUCCCCUCCUCCUGCCCCUCUCCGCCGGACCGGUGAAUUAACAAAACCGCAGGUUAAAACCCCAUCAAAAAAAAAAAAAAAAAAAAAGAAAAAAAAAAAAAGGGAAAAAAGAGAAGAAAGGAGGGAGCGACGCAUUGUUACCCCGACCCGCGGCGUGCCUGCGCGCCGGGCCGCGGCGGAACAAAGCGGCAGCGCCGCGCCGGGCUCCGCGCCCCGGGCUCCGCGUCCGGCCCGGCCCGGCAGCGGCGCGGCCGCCGCUGGGAAAGAGAGGCCGAGGGGACGGGAGACAGGGAAUAAUCCCGAACGGUGCCGGUGCUGUCGCAGCAUCCCUUUUGUUAUUUAUCGCGACCGCGGAAGAGGAGGAAGAAAAGCGGGGGAGACGGCACUUUUCCCCCUGUAAAACCGACUGGGCGCAGCCGCCGGGGCGCUGCAUCCCGCUGCCCCGAAUAAACGGGCGGAGGAGGACUUUGAUGGGGGAAACGCUUUUUCCUCCCCUGAUGCAUCGUAAGUAACUUAAGUUGUUAUUCAUACUCCGCAAACAAACACGGCGAUAACAUCUCCUAUCUCUGGAGCGCUGGAGGCCGCGGCGAGGGAUGAGAUCUGCCUUUACCCAUCCGAGCAGGACACUUUUCCGCUCGUAAUUAAUUUGAUUUGAUUUUGAUUUUUUAAUUUUUCCAUGCUCCGCUCCCGGAGGGUCAUUUGAACUGUAAAGGAAUCGCCGAGGGGGCGAGGGGACCUGGAGAGAGAGGCUGUCCAAACGACUCCACCGAGGCUCCUCCGCCCCCUCCAAGAUGAUGCUUAGCCCGGACCAAGCCGCCGACUCUGAUCACCCCUCCUCGGCGCCCUCCGACCCGGAGUCUCUGGGCGGCGCGGACGCCCAGGCUCUCAGCUGCUGCGUGUCCGACCCGGAGCCCGCCGAGGGCGGCGGCGGCGGCGAGGGCCGGGGCGGCGGAGGGGGUGGCGGCGGGGAGGGCCGGGGCGGGGGCCGGCCGGGGCUGCACCCUCCGCCGCUGAGCCGGGAGGAGAAGCGGCGGCGGCGCCGCGCCACGGCCAAGUACCGCUCUGCCCACGCCACGCGUGAGCGGAUCCGCGUGGAGGCCUUCAACCUGGCCUUCGCCGAGCUGCGCAAGCUGCUGCCCACCCUGCCCCCCGACAAGAAGCUCUCCAAGAUCGAGAUCCUGCGCCUCGCCAUCUGCUACAUCUCCUAUCUCAACCACGUGCUGGACGUGUAGCGCCCGGCGGGCGCCCGGAGCCCCGGGACACCCCCCGCCCGCCGCCCCGGCUCCGGCCGCGGCGGGCAGCGCCUUCCCCGGGGCGGGCGGCGGGGCGGGGGGGUCCCCACUGCCUGCCCUCCCUCCCCGGGGGGGCUCCCGCCCGGCCGAAAGCCCGCUUUUCGAAGAGAAGUGUAAAACCGGAUUGUUUCUUCAGGCUGUCAAGUGCCCCUUUAUAUAUAUCCAAAAACAUCUACUUGUGACCUUAAACGUGUGACCCAUGGGUGCAGUUAAAAAUAACUAUUUUUUAUUUAUGGUAGAAGGAGUUGACAAUUUAUUUUUUUCAAGAUUUAUUUAUUUUUCAGAGUGGUGGCAAUUUUACUUUGGAUACUUCGUGCCAAUUGGUUUCUAUAGUCGGGUGUUUACACUUUCUUCUGUGGAAUAUUAUGUUUGACUUUAUGAGUGUUUGUUGGGAUCAAUACAGUGGUCAUUUUCUUUUCUUUUUUAAUUUAUUUUUUUCCCUCCAAUUAUAUUGCACUUGUGUACCACAAACCUCCCCUCCCCUCCUGUUUAUAAGUAUAUUUUAUAUAUAUCAAGGCAUUUGUUCUUGACCUUUUUUCUUUCUUUUCUUGUGUGGGAUUGACAACCACUAGCACUUAACUAGAAGAGUUUUUUUAAAAGAUUUGUUGUUAUUCUGAUCUAUAGUUCUGUCUGAAAAGUACUUUGCAAAUUGCUUAUAAGGGAAGUAGUUUCUUUGUGAGUGUAUAUGUGUGUGUGUGUAUACAUGCAUGUGUGUGGGAGUGAGCGUGGGCGUGUAUGUGUGUGAUAUAUUUUUAGGAAAGGACAUUUUUUUCCUAAAAAAAAAAGAAAAAAAAAAGAAAGAAAAGUAAAUCCAGGACUGCUUUCCUUUGUGACAACCAAAAAAAAAAUCUAUAACCUGAAAAUGUUUCAUGUUCUUUGCUGUGAAUCUCUUAAAACAAGAAGCGCAUUCUAGGGACAAAAGA